UUCAGCUGGAAGAAUGCUGGAGGAGUAGGGAGCUCCUCCCAUUUCUCACAGCCACCUCCAACUCUUAAAAACACUUCCAACUGCCUCCCAGCACACAACCAAGGGAGAAAACUAUUCUGUCAAAGAGACCGUGCCAAAAGGCAAAAACAAAGGAGCUGAUGGCAAAGAAGGUAGCUGUGAUUGGAGCUGGGGUCAGUGGCCUGAUUUCUCUGAAGUGCUGUGUGGAUGAGGGACUUGAGCCCACUUGCUUUGAGAGAACUGAAGAUAUUGGAGGAGUGUGGAGGUUCAAAGAGAAUGUGGAAGAUGGCCGAGCAAGUAUCUAUCAAUCUGUCAUUACCAACACCAGCAAAGAAAUGUCCUGUUUCAGUGACUUUCCAAUGCCUGAAGAUUUUCCAAACUUCCUGCAUAAUUCUAAACUUCUGGAAUAUUUCAGGAUGUUUGCCACAAAAUUUGAUCUGUUAAAAUAUAUUCAGUUCCAGACAACUGUCCUUAGUGUGAGAAAAUGUCCAGAUUUCUCAUCCUCUGGCCAAUGGAAGGUUGUCACUCAGAGCAAUGGCAAGGAGCAGAGUGCUGUCUUUGAUGCAGUUAUGGUUUGCAGUGGCCACCAUGUUCUACCUCAUAUCCCACUGAAGUCAUUUCCAGGUAUUGAGAGAUUCAAAGGCCAAUAUUUCCAUAGCCGCCAAUACAAACAUCCAGACGGAUUUGAGGGGAAACGCAUCCUGGUGAUUGGAACAGGAAACUCGGGCUCAGAUAUUGCUGUUGAGCUGAGUAAGAAGUCUGCUCAGGUUUUUAUCAGCACCAGGCAUGGCACCUGGGUCAUGAGCCGUAUCUCUGAAGAUGGCUAUCCUUGGGACUCGGUGUUCCACACCCGGUUUCGUUCAAUGCUCCGCAAUGUACUUCCACGAACAGUUGUAAAAUGGAUGAUAGAACAACAGAUGAAUCGGUGGUUCAACCAUGAAAAUUACGGCCUUGAGCCUCAAAACAAAUACGUUCUGAAGGAACCUGUACUAAAUGAUGAUCUCCCAAGUCGUCUACUCCAUGGAGCCAUCAAGGUGAAAUCUACAGUGAAAGAGCUCAUGGAAACUUCUGCCAUCUUUGAUGAUGGAACAGUGGAGGAGAACAUUGAUGUCAUUGUUUUUGCAACGGGAUAUACUUUCUCUUUUCCCUUCCCUGAAGAUUCACUUGUUAAAGUAGAAAAUAAUAUGGUCUCACUGUAUAAAUACAUAUUCCCCGCUCACCUGGAGAAGUCAACCCUUGCAUGCAUUGGUCUCAUCCAGCCCCUAGGUUCCAUUUUCCCAACUGCUGAACUUCAAGCUCGUUGGGUGACACGAGUUUUCAAAGGUUUGUGUAGCCUGCCCUCAGAAAGAACUAUGGUGAUGGACAUGAUCAAAAGGAAUGAAAAAAGAAUUGACCUGUUUGGAAAAAGCCAGAGCCAGACGUUGCAGACUAAUCAUGUUGACUACUUGGACGAGCUCGCCUUAGAGAUAGGUGCAAAGCCAGAUUUCUGCUCUCUCUUGUUCAAAGAUCCUAAACUGGCUGUGAGACUCUAUUUCGGACCCUGUAACUCCUAUCAGUAUCGCCUGGUGGGGCCUGGGCAAUGGGAAGGAGCCAGGAGUGCUAUUUUCACCCAGAAACAAAGGAUACUGAAGCCGCUAAAGACUCGGUCCCUCAAGAAUUCAUCUAAUUUCCCAGUUUCCAUUCUUUUGAAAAUCCUGGGCCUUCUUGCUGUUGUGGUAGCCUUUUUUUGCCAACUUCAGUGGUCCUAGUCAGCGUAACGCUUUGGGAUUUAUUAUCUUGUCAGUCACUACCUCUUAAAAAAAAGACUAAAAGAAAAAAAUAUUAAAUUCAUCUUCUAAUUAUAAAUUUUAGAAUUAGGUAGAACAAGUGAGGGGGGAAUUGUAGAAAAUUAGCAGAAUUAGGUCUAUGUACAAAACCAAAAUUAUGUCAUGAAAUUUCUUUGCCAUUCCACGUUUCCCUCAGUUCAUCAAAGUUGCCAAAAAGUAAAAUAAAAUAAUACCGUCUCAUGUAAAUA